ACAUACGAACACAUGUCCUAUCAUGUCACAGAUCACCAAACUAUGCGGCACCAAUCGUGGCUGGGCACUACUCCGCUUUAACAGUACCCUAGAGAUCACAAAACGCCACGCCCAACAUAACACUACUGAUCUUUCUGCAUGUGAUACCAUGUUUUAA